AUGCUAUUGGUUAUAUUGCAUGGCUUUGGUGAUGGCAAGAAGGCCUUGGGAGAACUUGCCGGGAAAAUCCAUCUUCCUGGAGUUGCAUGCUUGGUCGCUCGAGGAGAGCACCGCCUCCCAGGUGAGAUCCUCCCCGCUGAGCCCAGAGCUCCUGAGGCGGCUCCUCUCUUUAUUACUGGAUAA